AAACAAAGGCACUAAGUUGCGGCGACAUGUAGCGCUUUAAGCUGUGGCAAGCGAGCGAGGCCAAUGAAUACCAAGCGAAUCGAUAGUGCGAAAUCGAACUCCGGGGGCAGCGUCAGCAGGGCAGGCAUUUUUCUGCUCGGUCGACCCAGUGUGCGGAAAAGCAAUUUCGGUCUGAGCCACCUCAAGUAGCUGCCGCUUUUCCGGCUUUCCCGCCACUCCCGUUUUCCACUAGGCCAAACGAUUUGCAAAUUUUACGAACGCACCACUGGGUAUUGCUCACAACCAAUCGAGGGCAUUAGCUGGGCAAAAAAUACAAGACGUCUUAACCAAACACGGAGCAAAUGUUCAAUUUUCAAGUCAAUCAACUAGAAAAAACUUGCACUCACUCGCUGCGCAAAUCCUUUGCGUACAGGUUUCCGGCAUGGAAUGCUGGAUUUCGGGCACAAAGUUCUUGCAACUCGGAAUUAAGCGAUUAGAUGGAAGUUUGCCACCCAGUUGGCACGCAUAAAUUAUUCCAAGUUUCCGCUUCUGUCGCCAGCAGAUUCGCACACUGAAAAAAAUGAGACUCCCACAACUAAAAAGCAUAGGAUAUACACGACUCGGUUGCACAAUGGACGCGCAUUCCACAGCCGUCGCAGGCAUAGAUAUGGAAUUGGACUUCGGCGAGGACACGGAUGAGCACGAAGAAUUGGAGAAAGUGGGUCAGCCUGAGAAUUUGUUAGCGAUGGUGCGGCGCCUGCAGGCAAACCACAUGUGGAUCCGGGAGCAGAUGACUCACCUACAGCGCCGCCUGGUGACCCAUCGGCUGUACAAGCAAAGAAGCCUCUACGAGGGAAAGGAGCGGUUGCAGCUAAUCCUGCUGAGCCUGCAGGUGAAAUACGGACGCCACUGGGCACUGUAGGGGAAUCGAUGGACGAUGGAGCUCGGAAUUCGGUUGUCAACACUUCAGAAUGAUGCGACGAGCGUGGAAAAUUACAAGCAAACUGUCAUGGUGAAAGAUGAUGUAAUGAUGUUCUCAAAUUCGAUUGCGCUAACACAUCUUAAGUUGUGCUAAAUAAUUCACGGUUUAAUAUUUCUUUAAUAGUUGUUUUAGGAAGAUUAAUCAUAAAUGCUUAUGUCCUGUCUUUCCUUUGUUUAAAUAUUAUACCCUUGCUGAGAUAAUAUUGAUCUCAGACAGCAGCUUAA